AUGGCCGCCGCGGUUGGGUGGUCAUGUGGCUGGGCGGCCGCGUGUGGCUCCAGGUUUUUGGGCGAGUGUGCUUCAACCUCCGGCGUCUCACCUUUGACAGGACUUGGGGUGGCCGUAGGGGCCCCAUGGCGGAAACACUUUCGACCAGGGCCGAGGCAGCUAGCGGGCUGGGGGCUCCGGCUCAGCAAAAUGGAGAUGCGGGUGGCUACGCGAGGGGUGAGCAGCCCCCAGGGCGCCCGGAGCCAGCGGGCCCAGGAGUGGAGCCGGCCCCGGGGGACGCGACGCAGGCCGCAGGGAGCGGGGAGCAGGCCGCGACUGUAGGCCCGGGCCCCGGCAAGCGGAAGAAGCGGCGGGGAGCAACCGGGGAACGCGUCGUGCCGCCCCCGAAGAAGCGGCGGGCAGGCGUUAGCUUCGGCGAUGAACACUUUGCCGAGACCAGCUACUACUUUGAGGGCGGCCUGCGCAAGGUGCGGCCCUAUUACUUUGACUUCCAAACUUACUGCAAAGGCCGCUGGGUGGGCCACAGCUUGCUGCACGUCUUCAGCACCGAGUUCCGAGCCCAGCCUCUUGCCUACUACGAAGCCGCGGUCAGGGCAGGACGCCUGCACCUCAACGAGGAGCCAGUACAGGACCUCAGCGUUGUGCUCAAGGACAAUGACUUCUUACGGAACACAGUGCACAGGCAUGAGCCACCAGUUACAGCAGAACCCGUCCGCCUGCUAGCAGAGAACGAAGAUGUGGUGGUUGUAGACAAGCCUUCUUCCAUUCCUGUCCACCCCUGUGGCCGCUUCCGACACAACACGGUCAUCUUCAUCCUGGGCAAGGAGCACCAACUCAAGGAGCUACACCCAUUGCAUCGGCUUGACCGCCUUACCUCUGGGGUCCUUAUGUUUGCCAAGACAGCAGCCGUCUCGGAGAGAAUUCAUGAACAGGUUCGGGACCGGCAGCUGGAGAAGGAGUACGUGUGCCGGGUGGAGGGGGAGUUCCCUGCUGAGGAAGUAACCUGCAAGGAACCCAUCUUGGUGGUGUCCUACAAGGUAGGGGUAUGCCGUGUAGAUCCUCGGGGCAAGCCCUGUGAGACAGUGUUCCAGAGACUGAGCUACAAUGGCCACUCCAGUGUGGUACGGUGCCGGCCACUCACAGGCCGCACCCACCAGAUCCGAGUCCACCUCCAGUUCCUGGGUCACCCCAUUCUCAAUGACCCCAUCUACAACUCAAUCGCCUGGGGCCCCUCCCGAGGCCGAGGCGGCCACAUUCCAAAGACAGAUGAGGAACUACUGCGGGACCUUGUGGCAGAGCACCAGGCCAAACAGAGUCUGGAUGUGCUAGAUCUCUGUGAGGGUGACCUGUCUCCAGGACUCCCAGACUCUACAGCCCCUUCCUCAGAGCUGGGCAAAGACUGCCUAGGAGAGUUGGCUGCAUCUGCCCAGAAGAUGGAUGGAGCAGUUGAGGCAGGCCCUCAGGAUCUGGACACAGUGCCCUUGGCAUCAGGGAAGGCAACGGAAAUCGAUGUCGUGGAUCAAGAGACAGACCCACUCUGUGCAGAGUGCCGGCUAGUGCGACAGGACCCCUUGCCGCAGGACCUUGUGAUGUUCCUGCAUGCCCUGUGCUAUAAAGGACCAGACUUCAAGUACUUUUCACCCAUGCCUGCCUGGGCACAGGAUGACUGGCAAGAGGACUGAGGGCUGUGGCCAAUGGAGGGAUUACUUCUCAGACUGGAACGGGGAUGGGCCAUGAAGUAGGAGUUGACCACAUGGGGUGGUACUCAGACUUUCUCAGGGGUGAGAUUGGGCUCUUAAAGGACCUGCUCAUACUUGCUACCUCCUUCCUUCUCCCUCCAGCUAGAGUUUGGGGACUUUUUGGUUUGUAAAAUAGAUCUCUUUUUCUAAUA